ACGAAGGGUUAGACGGAAGGCAGAAGUGGAACAGAACCAUGAAGAGCCUGAGGUUCCUCGCUGCGGAGGGUUUUUCACAGAGUGGCCCCAGCGCCGAGGAGAACCUCUGCUGUGUGUCGUUCAACCUGUACCCGCUCCUGUUCAAGGCCUGCUACCUGCGAGAGGAAGCUUCUCUGCUCCACGCUCUGGUGCAGAACUGGCCCCUCCAGGAACUCAACCUGCAGAGGCUGCUGGGAAGCACGCCGGACUGCCAGGAGGACCUGACCUCCUGGACCUGUAAGCAGUGUCUGGAGGCCAUCCUCACUGGCUUGAAGGCCUAUGUUCUGCGGCCCCCUUCCACCUACGCCAAGAACCUACGCGUGGUGGACCUGACAGGGCUGGUGGACACCGAGCACCAGGCCUGUCCCUGUGGCUCCACCCUGGGCCGCUGGGCCCGCACCCAGCUCCUCACCCUCAUGUGCUACGAGACCAUGGUGGCCAUGCAGGCUAAUGACACGCCGCCCUCUGCCUUUGAAGCCGCCGUGGACGUCCGCCUCAACGGCUUUGUCACCGGCCGGAACUACGAGGUGGUGUCCCAAGCCUUCCUGCUCCUCCGACACUGCCCACUCAAGCUCCGCUUCGUGGGGUUCAGAGCCGACUCUCUGGCGCUCAAGCAGCUGUUCUAUGUGCUCAGACUGGCGGAGCCUGAGUCCAUGAGGAAACUAGAGGUGGUGCACAACGUUCACCUGGAGGCCCCUCAUCUGGAAGUGCUGCUCUCGCGGGUGGAGUUCCCCCGGCUGCAGUCCCUGACGCUGCCAGCGGGAGCGCUGGACGUGCGGAGGCUGUCCGCGGACGACACUGACCUGCUGUCCACCAUAGGGGAGCUACUGAGCAGACUGACCCAGCUGACUGAGCUCUACAUGGGCUUCUCCACCCUCACGGGACACCUGCGCAGGCUGCUCAGUCCCCUGAAUACCCCACUACAGUGCCUUGAGUUGGCUAACUGCAACCUGAAUCGUAUCGACAUGGCCUACUUGGCCAACAGCCUCCACAGUGAACACUUGGUACGACUGGAUCUGAGCGGUCAUAACUUGGCCACCUUGUUCCCCGUCACCUUCAUCAAGCUGGUCCACCACUCGUCCUCCUCGCUGGUCAGCCUGGUCCUGGAGGAGUGUGGUCUGGAAGACGACAACAUGGACGUCCUGACACAUGCGCUGGCCCCCUGCCAAAAGCUGCAGGAACUCAAGCUCCUGGGCAACCCGCUCUCCUCCGCGGCUCUCCGGCUGCUCUUCUCCAAUCUCGCGAGGGCGUUCCCCGACGUUAAGUACGUGGAGAUGCCUGUUCCCCGAGACUGCUACCCUGCGGACGUCACCUACCCGCUGGACGACUCUGCUCUUCUCAGGUACAACAGAGACCUGUUCCAAGAGGUCCGUGCCGGGCUGAUGGCCGUCCUGGUGGGGGCGGGAAAGGGGAACGUGGAAGUGUGCACCCCCCUGAUGGGCGCGUACGACCCGGAGAUCAACGAGACCAGCAACGAGCUGGGGGUGUCCAUGGUGAAGUCUUUCAACAGCAUGCUUGGAAACUUUAUCGACACUGUCGCGAGUGUGGACAAAAGGAGGUCCCAGGAGUGAUGUUUGUGCAGGACUGUUAAACGGGCAAGAGUACAAUAGCUAUUUUAGAAACAUGAAUUUGUUUUCUUUUUUUUUACUGCAGUGUACACUGUUGGCUCUACUUUUCCAUGGAUCCACUAUGUUUCUUGGUCAUUGAAUUCUCUUUCUCUCUCUGGAGGAAGCUGUUGAAUAUAUUGACUGUAUAAAAAGUGAGUUUAUGCGUGUGUACAUGUGGAAGUCAGAACAUUUGGUCCUCCAUUCAUGAGGUUCCACAUGACCAUAUUCCAGAACAUACUGGAGAGAAAAAAGUGAAGGUGCUUUUAAAUGUUUCUUUAUAUUUUACUGUUUAUAUUUUCUUGAAUUUUCUUUAAACAGUUACCUUAUAAUUUAGGAUUUGUUGUUUGAGACUUAUUGUAUAAUAGUAUUUGACUGAUAGAAAUGGUUUGUUUUAUAGGGCUAAACUAAAUUUACAAACAUACUAAUAAUCAUUAUGGGUGUUCCUUAUUAACUAUCCAGAAAUAUUAGAAUGGUUGUAUUAUUACC